AUGCCACCAUUCAACAUGAAUGUCAAAAACCAUUACAGUGUUGACAUGUCCACUUGUUUUGAGAGUCUGGAUGAUUCCAAAUCCUCAUUUUCUCAGCUUCCAAGGGAUUGCUACAACAUGUCGGACAUUUGGAGCUGUGACACGUCUAUCCAGUCGUGGACUAUCUGUUCGGAGGACCUACUUACUGCAGAAGAGCAACAUGACUGUUCUACCGUGUCCGAGGUUAUGUCCUUCAAAAAUACAAGUGCCCUAUGCGGAGAUCUCCGUUUCAUCGUAGGAUUGCCCGAAAUGUGUGACGUCAGAUUCCUUGUAGGACAUCAGAGAGUCUCCGUUUACGGGGUGAAGGCAAUUUUGUCGACGAGAAGCAGGGUUUUCUACGAGCUGCUCCUGUUACACCAGAGAAAGGAAACCGAGCGUUUGCAGAACUUGGAGAAGCGCCGUACACUAACGUCCAGACUGAAGACGCUGAGGCAAAUCUGCACACCUUCCAAAAGCAAAUGUGGCUCGAAAGAUCGACAAAUCAGCCGACAUUUGACCAUUGAAAUCGACGAAUUUGAUCCGGAAAUAUUUCGCCUAAUUGUGUUGUUUCUACACUGUGGUAAAAUAGAUAUCACGGUCUCCACGUUAGUAGGAGUAAUGAACGCCGCUGACAUGUACGGCGUCGAGGACCUCAGGUCGGGCUGCUACCGGUUCGCCGAAAGACUGCUGACCGUAGACACAGUUCUGCCGCUUCUGACGUCUACAGAACGCUACCAUAGCUAUAAGUGGACCAAACAUAUACAGGAAAAAAUUCUGGAAUUCAUCAGUGAAAAAGCACAGGACGUUCUACGUCUGGACGAGUUUGAAGAAAUUUCAAAGAGAACAGCCAUUAUGAUUUUCAUGCGUCCUGAUCUAAAGGCUACAGAGGAGCGGAAAUGGGACGCUGCCUACCGGUGGUCUAGGCGCUACUGCCGCAGAAGAGAGCUUAAUCAUUUCCGGAGGACUAUGAAAAUAUUCACCAGGAGAAUUAAUUUCCUUGACAUUCCUAUCCAUAAACUUAUUAACGAGAUCCGUCCGCUGGAAUUAGUACCAGAAUACCUCAUCGCUGGCGCUAUUUCACACCAGUCCGGACCGCGUUUGGUGAUUGGCCAAGAGAAACAGCCAAUGACAACGCCACUGAAACCUCCGCGAAGACGAUUGGUAGAAAAACGCAACUUCACAGGACGAGGGUCUAUGCGGAGAAAGCAGUCGUCUGCUUCCGUGACGUCAUCAUCGUCGUCGUCGUCUUCCACAUCGCACGCACAUAGUUGCGAUAGCGGUUUCUCAUCAACUGAAAUCUGCGCGAGGAUAUGA